UUUCCAUUCUCUUUCAUCUGACUUCAGACCAUUAUCGACUGAUAAUUAUUCACGGCCCCUGCCGACCUCGGUGUUUGCAUUGAUUUUAUCGCAAGCUUACCAUCUCAAGUUGUCAGAUCCACCAUCGUAAUCCUAUAGUCGUGGGUUACCGGUUCAUUUGCCGUUCAUCCAACUCCACUCCCCUCCUCGUUCACAACCCUUCGGCGACACUUUUACGUAGAGAGUCCUACUUUGGCGUUCAGUCUUGUGUUUUUGGCACUUAGAAAAGGAAUUUGUGAUCGCAUUUAGUCGGCACAUUUUUGCAACAUUCACCACACGCUCAUAGACGGCAAUUAUCGACCGUGAUAGAGCGAUCAUGGCGGAGUGUAGCUCUUCCUUUCAACAAGAUUCCUCGGAAUUCCGCGCCCAUCUUCAUGACCUGAGCACUCCACGCUUCACAACUGCAGCAGAACAAAACGUGUAUGAGUACGCCGACUUUUUCAGAGACAACCACGCCCCACCAUGGCUCUUCGACCUUACGCAAGCUUGGGCGAAGCUUUAUGAGGAACCCUUCAAGGGGGUCACUAGCGAUGGAACCGUCAAAGAAGGCGUCUUCGAACCCCAGGAUGAGGGUGUCGACAUAGAUAGCAUCGUCCACGAGGCCAAUCUGCUACUUUCGCAACUAAGCGCAGAUGAGAAGACAAAACUUUCCUACAAAGUGAAUGCGAAGGAAUGGCGUGCAUGGUCCAACCCAGAGAUGCUCCUCCGUCCGUUUGGCCUGCGACUAGAAGAAGUAACCGAAGAAAAUGCCCAGGCGAUUCUUUCCGUUAUCAAGGCAUCUCUGUCUCCCGAGGGCUAUGAAAAAGCGCUCGCCGCCAUGCGCAUCAAUCAUUUCCUCGGAGAACUCGUCAGGCUGCCCCAAAUUAUGAACAAAUACUCGUACAAUUUCCUCCUAUUUGGAUCACCAUCGACUUCUCCAACGCAACCCUGGGGUUGGCUGCUAUACGGGCACCAUUUGUGCCUAUCCGUCUUUUUCAAAGGUCCACAAAUCAUCAUCUCGCCUACUUUCACGGGUGCCGAACCAAACAUCAUCGAUGAAGGCGAAUGGUCUGGAACCAAGAUCCUCCACAAGGAAGGAAACCUCGGCCUCCAACUCAUGCAAAGCCUCUCCCUGGAUCAACAGAAGCAAGCGCAGAUCUUCAAAAAUCUACGUGACGAUGGUAUGCAACAGACCGGCGAUCUGAUCACCGAUCGUUGGAACAAAGACGACCAGCGCCAUCUCUGUGGUGCCUUCCGAGACAACCGCAUAGUGCCAUACGAAGGCAUCAAGGUUUCCACCCUAAACGAAGAGCAACAAUCUCUCAUACUUUCCAUCGCCGAGCAGUUUGUCCUUUAUCUGCCCUCCCCUUCGAGGGCGCUGCGGCUCGAGCAGGUCCAAUCUCAUUUUGAGGAGACGUACUUCAGCUGGAUCGGCGGAUUUGGCGAUGACGAUGCAUACUACUUCCGGAUCCAGAGCCCGGUGAUCAUUUGUGAAUUUGAUCAUCAUUCGGGAGUGUUUCUAGCAAAUACCGAACCUAAGAAGUUCCAUACACAUACGAUUGUAAGGACGCCAAAUGCGGGUGAUUAUGGCCAGGCAUUGCGGGAAGGAGAGAGUAGACUUUGAGUUGGACCUCUUUUGACCUUUUAUUUUCUGGCUUAGGUAGCAUCGAACGGGAAGCAAUUUCCAACAUGGCCUGGAAAGGAGGAAUAUAUCAAGAUCUGCUGCGUUUCACCUCAUGAUCUACCUUGCUCCAUGAGGCCUUCAACGCCUGGCUAUUAGCACGUGACAUAACAAAGAAGAAAUCUCAAGCUGAUCUUAUAGCUCAUUAUUGGGAAAGGUUUGAUUGGAAAAUACAUGCUACAAAUAAUUAUUAUCAUCCUACUUAUACUAGCGUAAGAUAGGCAUUGCACAUUGUCUUGAUUCAACCUUCUCCCAGGAUGCUGAGUCAUUGGCGUGCUCGAGAUUAAUACCUAGGAAGUCAAAAUCUUCCCACGCCCAAUCCGUCUUUGCGCGAUCAGAC